AUGGUCGCGCCAUUCCCAACGGAGAUAUGGCUUGACAUCUUCGGCCGCCUGGCUAUGGAACGCGAAUAUGACACGCUCUCGAGAUGUCGAGCGCUAUGCAGGGAUUUCCGGGAUAUCAGUCAGAGGUUUCUAUCAUGGCCUGUGGUUCUCAAGAACACAGAAGACGUUGCAUGCAUCAAGGUGGACGAGGUGCAAGGCUGGUUGGGGCCACUGACCGUCAUCGUCGAGGGAGGGAAAUCCGAAGACGGACGCUGGAAGCCGAUUCCACACCUCGCGACGUUCGCGUCGAGACUGAGCGCCAGGUGGACCCACGUCAGGCUCCUGCAGAUCGCGAACGCUACAUUGCGAGCGCAGGGCCCAGAUGGCGACGCGGUCUUCCGCGACCUGUCCCGUACUACCUGGAUCACACAACUGUGGCUUCACGACAUCACGUUUCCUACAAUCCUGACAUUUGGUCGCCUCAUCUGCGCCCUCCCGGGCCUCAAGCUUCUCUAUCUCCAGGCUAUAGAGAUCGGGAAGCAUCCUUUUGAUGCUCAGACCUUUUCCGACUUCCGGUUGCUUCCAAGCAGCAAGCUAGAGAAGCUGAUCCUGUAUGAGCACCUACCCAGUAAUCUGGGGCCGAGAUCUGUUGCGAGGCCCGCCUUCGUUGAGCUGCUUGAAUUCGUCUCUGCUGUCAGUAACCGCGUACCCACGCCGUCCAUUCACGAUCCCCCCAAACUUCGUCCUUGGGGUGCGGUCCGCACACUCGAACUCUGUGAUGUCACCUUCCCUACUGUAAGCACCUUUACCCGGCUCAUAUGUGCACUUCCUGCGCUUGAAACCCUUCGGUGCAUCGGACCAUGCACGUUUCUGAGACACAGUCUUGGUUCGAAGAGCGUCUCUAAGCACCCUCUUCUGCCAUCGAAGUUCACGGUUGUCUACCUGGAUCUCGACUUCAGCUUCCGUUCCGAGCCUCGAUCUGUGGCAGACUUCGUCGACUUCUUCGCCGACACUGGCGCUAGUGACCGCCUGCGAAGCAUCACUGCUACCCUGUCUCCUUCCUUCUGCAUGAUGAGGCAAUCAGAUGUAGUCCUAAAUGCACUGGUUAGGCAUGUUGGGCAGUCGCUACGCCAUCUUUCCCUCAACUCGGCGUCGCCUUACGGUGUAGUGGAGGAUGAGACCACGGUCAUACGUCCAAAUCCCCAUGGCGUGUAUGAACACUUCGACGUUUCCAAGAACGACCAUCUCGAACAUGUGGAACUUUCAAUCGAGGUCAACUUCGAAAACGAGUCGCACUUAUGUGCUCCCGUGUUAGAAGUCUUGUCUCGCAUCACGUCGACGUGCAUGUCUCGCAUAGAUGUGGUGUUCUCCCCCUAUCGAACAGAUAGCGACGGAUACGACGUAAACCUAGCGCAGUUGAUGGUGGAGCUCCCUCAAAUGGACGCGGCGCUCUCCCUUCCAGUCUUCGACAGCCUCACGAACGUCUUCAUAUCCAUGGAUACUCUGUACGAGCCGCCCGGAGACGGAGUAGAAUUGGCUGAAGAGCUGAGGUUAUGCUUACCGAAGCUCAACGAGCGGGGUAUUCUGGGGUGCGUGACCUCAUACACCUUGUGUUUCUUGCCGUCAUAA